GCUACAUCCAGGACUACAUCACGCCAUCCGUAUACCAGGGGGAGAAGAAGAUGGAGCCCAAGUUGGCGUCUCCGGUGUCCGACCCGCUGUACUCGCAGGUGAGCAGCGGCGGCGAGGAAUACUGCGACCCCGACCUGAAGCAGCCCGACAGCCCGCAGUCCGGCAUGACGGCCAGCGGCUUCUACAGCGGCGAGUCUGAGGCGCUGGACGAGGGCUACACCAUGGAUGCCUUCUUCAUCUCCGACGGGCGCUCCAGAAGAAAGGCGGACUCGGAAAGUCGUGGCGGUGGCAGCGGGUCGAGGAGCAGCAGCGCUAACGGAGGCAGCAGCUCCACGGAGAAAGGAUCGGGAACGGGAUUAGCAACGGGAACGGCUCGCCACUCUUGCAACGAAUGCGGCAAAACGUACGCCACGUCUUCCAACCUGAGCCGACACAAGCAGACGCAUCGAAGCCUCGACAGCAAGAUGGCCAGGAAGUGUCCCACCUGCAACAAGGUGUACGUGUCCAUGCCGGCGCUGGCCAUGCACAUCCUCACCCACGACCUCAAGCACAAGUGCGACGUGUGCAGCAAGGCCUUCAGCCGGCCGUGGCUGCUGCAGGGUCACAAGCGGUCCCACACGGGGGAGAAGCCCUUCGCCUGCGCACACUGUGGCAAAGCUUUCGCCGACCGAUCGAACCUCCGUGCUCACAUGCAAACACACUCUGCCUUCAAGCACUACCGAUGCAAGCGCUGCAAUAAGACCUUCGCCCUCAAGUCCUACCUGAACAAGCACUACGAGUCGGCUUGCUUCAAGGGCUCCGCGGACGAAGAAGACGACGACGAAGACUCCGGAUCAGAAAACUAAACUAAAUCCGCAAUGAGGAAGAUGAAACCUGAACCCCUGUUUAGUUUAGUUGCCAGCACUGGGAACCGGGAAAUGUGAAAGAGUAACCUUAAGCAUUAUGUUAGAAAUGUUUAGUACGGGCCGCACCUGAUCGGGACGACCAUAAGUAGUGUUGCGACCAUUGGAUAUAGACAGCACAAGAUGAACAUUACUUCUACUGUGGAUCAUUUCAAAUAGAUAUCAAUCUGUCAAAUCCUAAUGACGCAGAGUCCACAUAACUUCAACAUUGACCCAGAAUUCAUCAAAAUAAGUCCAAACAUGGCCACUAGUUAAAACUAACUUUUUGGAUCCUGCAUAUGUCAGAAAUGGAUUCAGCAUCCUCAAUUACCUCUAAAACCACUCCAAAUGUGUCAAAAUCGGCCAAGCCAUUUUGUAACUAUUGUCCACAUAGAGUAGGCUAUAAUGCUAAUUAGCACCAUUUAUGCUAAUUGUGCAAAUUGCCCAAUAUAUUCAGGUUAUCAUCCGGCAGUUUCUAUGUGCUGGGGACCCUACUAUAGAUUUCAAACAUAACACUUGGUGGUAUAUUCAACCUUUCCUGGUUCACUAUAGGACUCUAUGAGCUGGUAACUGGACUAGUUGUCGGGUCAAAAACCAAUAACCCGCUCACUCUGCCCUCCAUGCCUUUUUUCCUUCCCUUUUUUUAGAAAGCAAUAUUUUCACUGAGAUUACGUGAAGAAACUCUGAUGAUUAUGGCAAAGACAAUUUCAAAAGAUGCUGGAUUUCUUCCCUGCACAGUAGCUAAUCGUCCACAGAAACUACAAUCAGACAACCUUCCCCCAAAUACAGACUGUAGAUGGUAGUGUACACA